AUGGCAAUUCCAGAGACAACUUGGAUCCAUCUCCUUGAUGAAAGAGCACCACAUUUAACCGAGGAAGUCGCACCAACUAAGCUGCUACCCUAUUUGAAUUUAUCAAAAUGGGAUAAAGAGAACAUCGUUUGCGACGAACGAAACCUGGGACCCGCUUACGCGACAUCGACUCUUCUCGACAAAUUGAAGAGGCGGAAUGGACCAAAGGGCUGGAAGACAUUUGACGCGCUCGUCAGAGCUCUUAGAAAUAUCGGAAAUCAACAAUCGGCACUGCUGCUUGACCCAAGUAUAAAUAUACCAUAUGGAAAUUAA